CAACCCCUUUCGGGGCCGCUGAUCCCAUUGGAGGCCAUGUCAGCCAUCACUGGGGAUCAGGUGGCUGUCUAUGACCGCCAGCUGCGCCUCUGGGGGGUUCAGGCGCAGCAACGCCUUUUGAAUGCGAAGGUGUUGAUUUGGGGCCUUGAGGGAAGCAACGUGGAGGCCUGCAAAAACUUGGUCCUGGCAGGUAUUGCUUUGACGCUGAGAGACCAUCGCACCGUCACGGCGGCAGAUGUAGGAUUCAACUAUUUCCUCAGGCCAGAGGACAUUGGGAAGUUGCGCGCAGAAUGCGCGUCCAAACGGGUACAAGAGAUGAACCCGUUGGGCAGCGUUUCCUUCAGCUCGGACCGGCCCACGAGCGAUGACAAGCUCAAGGAGCUCCUCAAGGGCUUCGAUAUUGUGGUGGUGGGCCUCAGUUGCUUGGGCUUCGAUUUCGAACUCGCAGCCAAGAUGGACUCCGUUUGCCGAAGCCUAGGUGCUGGCUUUCUGCUGACCGUGGCGGCUGGGGAGCUGUCCUUCUUCUUCUCGGACCUGCACGAGCAUGUCAUGCAGGAUCGCAGCGCUCAGGGAGGUCCUGAAGCAGGCCCUACGGAGCCGAAAGCUGAAACCUUCAGCUUCCCCUCCUUCGGCAGUUGGCUGGCGGCGGUGCCAGAACUGCUGCAAGGGAAGAGCGACGCCUCCUUCAAACUCAUCGGCCUUUUGGCGUCCUUUCUCCAGAAGGACCCGCAGAAAGCGGUUCCCAGCCGCGCGGCAGACUUCGCAACUCACUGUCGUGAGGUGAAGUGUGAACCAGCCGUGGAUGGAUUGGUGGGCAUGGAGCAGGCCUUCGGCCAUUUCUUCGUGGAGCCCUUAAUCCACGUAGCCUCGGUGCUGGGAGGUUUGCUGUCGCAGGAGGUGAUUAAGGCGAUCACUCGGAAAGAUCCUCCCUUGGUGAACAGCGUUUGUUUCAACGCCCACACCGGUGCUGCCUUGGUGGAACACAUUCCACCGGUGGCGGCGGCGCCCAAGAAGCGGAAGGCUGAGGAGGAAGUGGUCGCGGAUCUCCUGGAUGACUAAAGACUCGCUGCGCGCGGAGCAAAA